AUGAAUGGAUUUAUUGCUGUACAUUGUGGGGCAGGCUACCACAGUGAUACUCUAAGAAAGGAUUACCAAAAAACAUGUUAUGUUGCAUGCAAAAAAGCAGCUCAAGCUCUUAAUGAAGGAGGAAAUGCUGUAGAUGCCGUAGAAAAAGCUAUAAUUGAAUUAGAAAAUAGUGCACUAACAAAUGCAGGCUACGGAUCCAAUUUAAGUUGGGAUGGUGUUGUAGAAUGUGAUGCAUCAAUAAUGAAUGGCCAAACACUUCAUUUUGGUGCCUGUGGAGCAGUCUCAAAUGUAUGGAACCCAAUAUCACUAGCAAAACAACUUUGUAUAAAACAAUGUGAUAAUCUUUCACUAGGUAGAGUUCCGCCAUGUAUUCUCACAGGCAAAGGUGCAAAGACAUGGGCAGAAAGAAUGGGGUUAGAAAUUGUUGAUGAUAAGAAAAUGAUAUCUCCUAGAGCAUUUCGGAAUUAUAAACAUUGCAAGAGAAAGUUAAAAAGAUAUUCCUUACAAAAUGAUGUAAGAUUUAGUCCUUUAGACACAGUGGGAGCCAUAUGUGUUGACUCAUAUGGAGUUGUUGCAGCUGGAGCAAGUUCUGGUGGGGUUUCUUUAAAACAUGAAGGGAGGGUCGGGCAAGCUGCUUCUUUUGGAAGUGGAGUUUGGGCAGCUAUGAGUAGAGAUGGGACAACACCUUCAGUAGCCUCUUGUACAUCAGGAUGUGGUGAGCAUUUAAUCCGUACACAAUUGGCUAAAAAUACUGCUGAGAGCUUGAUGGAAUCUUCUCCGGUAAUAAGUCUAGAUAAAUGUUUAAAAGAAAAGUUUUUGGAAUCACCAUUUCUGUGGGAUGUACCAGAAAGAUUAGGGGGUGCUUUAUCUUUAAUGUUUAAUCCUCAAAUUGGAGAAGGUGAAUUAUUAUGGGGCCACACUACAAAAACAAUGUGUGUAGGUUACAUGUCAACACAGACAGCAAAGCCUAAGUGCAUUAUGUCGUAUUUACCACCAAAAGUGAUUGCUGGACACAAAGCUGUUGUAUCUGGAGUCCCAUUUAAUGUUCCUACUCAACCAUAUCCUCAAUUUCAAUGGGAAAUUAAAACUGAACAUAGCAUAAAUGGAUCUCUGUGA